UACAACCAGAGAGAAAAGAGCAGAAAUGCCUCACUCAUUAUUCAAAUGAAUGGUAAAAGUACCGAAAUUAAAGACCCAGAGAAUCCCUCUGCUGAACCAAGAAAGUUUGCCUUUGAUCAUUCAUACUGGUCCCAUGAUGAGUUUACAGAACGUGAUGAUGGUUAUCUAGAGCCAGCUUCUUCUAAAUAUGAUGAUCAGUUGAAAGUAUUUAAUGAUCUUGGAAAAGGUGUGUUAGAAAAUGCUUGGCAAGGUUAUAAUUGUUCUCUAUUUGCCUAUGGUCAAACUGGUAGUGGUAAAUCUUACUCAAUGGUGGGCUAUGGUAAUAACAAGGGCAUUGUACCCUUGGCUUGUGAAGAUCUAUUUAAAGGUAUAGCUGAUAAACGUGUUAAUGCUAAGAAAGAUGAAGAAUAUCAGGUAACUUUAAGUAUGUUGGAGAUUUAUAAUGAACAAGUCCGAGAUCUGCUUAAUACUAAAACAUUACAAAAAGGUGGCUUAAAAGUUCGACAGCAUCCAACUAAAGGCUUCUAUGUGGAAGCACAGACAACUUGGCCAGUGAAUAGUUAUGAUGAAAUUAAUAAUAAAAUCAACGAAGGUACCAGGAAUCGUACUGUUACACCACUGUAUAUUUUGUAUUUUAUUUAUUUCAGCCGAGCUCAUACCAUUGUGGCUGUAUCAUUUGUACAGAAAUCCUCUAAUGACCUUGGACAGAACAUGACUAAAACUUCAGUAAUUAAUCUAGUAGAUUUAGCUGGCAGUGAGAGAGCUGAGUCUACAGGAGCUACUGGUGAUAGAUUAAAAGAAGGGUCAGCUAUCAACCAAUCUUUAAGUUCUCUAGGAAACUGUAUUAAAGCUUUAGCUGAUAUUUCUAUGGGAAAGAAGAAAGUAGUUGGUAAUAAAUUGUAUCUAACAUUAAUUUCAGUACCAUUUCGAGAUUCAGUACUGACUAAACUAUUACAGAAUGCUUUGGGUGGUAACAGUAAAACUGUUAUGAUUGCUGCUUUAAGUCCGGCUGAUAUAAAUUAUGAUGAAACUUUAUCUACUUUACGAUUUGCUGACAGAGCAAAAGCCAUUAAAACACAAGCUAUAGUGAAU